UGGAUAACACCUCUGUUGACCAGCGAUAUAAUUCCUGCUGAGAGACGUGAACGGUUUGUUCAACAGGUGUUUUGGAAUCUACCAGACAUCGAACAAGUCAAUUCCUUGCUAUGUGAAUCACUAUUGAACCGCCAACGGAAAAAUCCUGUCAUACAUCGUAUUGGAGACCUGAUGCUUCACCAUGUUUCGUUCUUUGCACCCUUUGUUGGAUAUGGCGCACACCAAGUCAUUGGAAAAUUUAGUUUUGAGUUGGAAAAGAAACGAAAUCCUCGAUUUGUUCAAUUUGUCGAGAAAACCGAACGAUUGCCGGCGUCACGCAGACUGGAACUCAAUGGUUACUUGACUAAACCAACAGCAAGACUGGGAAGAUACAAUCUAUUCUUUCGAGAGAUUAUGAAAUGCACUGACAAAACCAAUGAAGAUGUGGUCCAAUUGCCAAAAGUCAUGGAAAUCAUACGAGGAUAUCUGUCGCAGAUGAAUAAGGAGAUUGGCGAGACAGAAAAUAGAUUCAACCUACAACAAAUGGAAGCCAGAUUGUCAUACAAAUCUGCUACAGAUAUUGCGGUACGUCUUGUUAUCCAUAUAUAA